AUGGGCCAGCAAACGACCCUGUUCCACUCGGUCCCGCCUCAUGACCAGAAUAUGCGGGACCUUCGUUUCGACCCUUUCGCAACCAUGCAUAUUAUAGAGUCAUACGCGCACUCGGAGAUGACUCGGCGAGGCGUGACAAGGAGCCGGCCGACUGCCAGCUGCUAUGCUCGAAGUGGAUUCCAGGAUGAUCUGUUGAUGGGAUGGGCCAUCAAGAUCACGCCUCGAUGUCUCCACUGGCCCUCGCCCACCUACCUUGAACCUACUUACGAAGUGCCAAGCCAGAAGGUUUUCUUCCCUCUUGGCACAGUGCCACCCGAACCUAGAACCGACCUCCCCCGCAUCGUCCGUUUCAGCCCAACAUACUCAAGAGGCAACGAGGAACUGGUGGAUGUCCUCUACCCUGACAAACAUGAAGGUGAGUAG